AUGAACAUGCUAGUUGAUAAUUUUCCAUAUGUUUCGAGAUAUGAUCAAGCUGAGGAAUUUGAUGUACCCAUUGACACUAGUGAUUUUGAUAAGUAUAAGAGAUUGCUCACGCAAGCGCAAACCCCAUUGUAUCCUGAUUGUUCAGAGACUGUUUUGAGUGCCUUGAUGUCACAAAUGCAGUUAAAAGUGAGGCAUAAAUGGUCGAAUGUCAGUUAUGAUGAAAAUUGUCAGUAUAUUAAGCGUUUGUUGCCCCCAGAAAACUUACUUUCUGACAGUUAUUAUAAGACAAAAAAGAUUCUUGAUGGCCUCGGCCUCGAGUAUGUGAAAAUAGACGCAUGCAAAUAUAACUGUGAAUUGUUUUAUGGAGAUUAUAAAGAUUAUGAUGAAUGUCCAGUGUGCAAUGAAUCUCGAUGGAAAGCAUCGUCUCUGUAUCAAAGGAAAAAGGUCCCUGUGAAGGUGCUUCGUUAUUUCCCAUUGACACCUAGGUUGCAACGUUUAUACAUGGCCUCGCACACUGCAGAGGUGAUGAGAUGGCAUGGGAGGGCAAGGGAUGAUGAUGAUGAUGAUGAUGUUCUCAAACACCCUUCUGAUGGUGAGGCUUGGAAACAUUUUGAUAGACAGUUUCCUGAUUUUCCAGCAGAUUGUUCGAAAUGUCCCAAGUCCCCGGGAAAGUGUCUAGAUGUGUACUUGAGACCAUUGAUUGAUGAGCUGAAAGAUCUAUGGAAUAAUGGAAAGGCAACUUUUGACAGGCAUAGUCAGUCUUCUUUCAGAAUAAGAGCAGCAAUUAUGUGGACUAUCAGUGAUUUUCCUGCUUACGGGAUGUUGUCUUCUCAAACCACGCACGGGUACAAGGCUUGUCCUGUCUGCUUGGACAAUGUUAAUUCUAGCUGGCAUGCUGGUAAGGUGUGUUACAUGGGUCACCGAAGAUGGCUUCCAGUUGAUCACGAAUGGCGGUUUGAUGCGUCUGCAUUCGAUGGUACUGAAGAGUGGGAUACAGAGCCCCAGAAGUGGUCUGGAGAUGAAGUUUUGGACAAGAUGAACUCUUUCGAUUUUGGACCGCUUAGCGGUAAUCCUAAAAUAAAAAAAAUAAAACGCCCAAAGCAUCUUGCGUGUUGGCAACAUAAGAGUAUAUUCUUUGAAUUGCCUUACUGGUCAAAAUCGAUACAUAGAAACAGCUUAGAUGUCAUGCACAUAGAGAAGAAUGUAAGCGACAGCGUUGUGGGAACAACUCUGGAUCUUAAAGAUAAGACAAAGGAUAAUAUCAAAGCUCGGGUGGAUUUGGAAAAGAUGGGCUUGCGUGAACACUUGUGGUUAAAAAAGACGGGGACAAAAGUGGAAAUGCCUAUUGCACCUUACGAGGUGAAGCCGUCUUUAAAACCUUGGGUUUUCAAGUGGUUUCAUGAUGUUAAAUAUCCUCAAGGGUAUGCAGCAAAUAUAGCGCGAUGUGUUAAGGUGGAGGAACAAAAGAUAAUUGGGUUGAAGACUCAUGACAGUCAUGUUUUAAUGCAACGACUUCUUCCAGUGGUAAUUAGACCGUAUCUGCAUUUUGAUGUAGUAGAGCCAUUAGUAGCCUUGUCCAGCUGGUGGCAAAAGUUAUGCACUAGAGAAGUGAAGAAGUCAGAUCUCUUAAAAUUGAAAGAAGAGAUUGUAUACAUCCUUUGCAAAUUAGAGAGGAUUUUUCCCCCUGCCUUUUUUGAUAUCAUGGUUCACCUCAUGGUCCACCUUCCCGACCAAGUUCUGCUUACUGGCCCAGUACACUAUACCUGGAUGUUUCCCAUAGAAAGACAACUUGGGGAUUAUAAAGGUUAUGUCAGAAAUCGAGCGAACCCAGAAGGUUCCAUUACAACUGCGUACAUUUCACACGAGUGUGUAACCUACUGCAAUAUGUAUCUCCAUGAUAUAGAUGACACAGAGUCACGUGCUGCCUCCAAUGAACCUACAUUUAACCUUUCAGUUGUUUCAAAAGAUGUAAGAAUGUAUGGUAACUUACCACAGUCAGAAACUCUUAGCCAAUAUGAACUGAUUGAGGCCCAUUGGAGCGUACUGCAAUAUUGUGAUGAAGUUCAAGAUUUUAUGGAGUAUCAUUUGAAACAACUUGAGGAUAAUGGUGACGAUCACCCAGAAGAGACGCACAAGAGAUCAUUUCCUAAAUAUUUCAAGAAAUGGAUGAGAAAGUUGCAAUGA